AUGGAAGCAAAUUCAGAUUCAUAUGAUAGUAGUUCAGAUGAAGAAAUUUCUGUACGUUUAGAUAAACUUGAAAAAGAAAUAGCUACAUUAUCUGGUAUUAAUCAGAAAAAAAUUAUUGAAAAAUCUAAAAAAAUAUUUAAAAUUAUCAAUAAACAACUUGAUCAAAAAGAAAAAAAAAUUGGUUUUUUACGUGAUGAAAAUUAUGAUUUACAAGGACAAAAUAUAUUAGGUAAAAUUAAAAAUUUUAUUCCCCAACCAUUUUUUAAUAUGUUAUUUGAAUAUGGUAUAGAUUAUAUUCACCCCAAAAAAUAG